GUUUUUAUGACAAGUUAAAGUGAAAGGGUGGGCGUGUGUGACGUCAUCAAACCGCGUGACAUGGAUCAAAAUGGUGGAAAAACCUGACGCACAAAAUCACAUCAGUGGUAAUUACCAGAAGUGGGAACAACUUAUUGAUUUUCAAGUCUCAAGAAGGGGAAGGCGCUGAAGGACCACCAUGGUUCACUUGACCACGGACCUCAUAGCCAAGUCCAAGAACAACUUCAAGAAAAAGAGAGGCCUUUCGCUCCAGGAGUAUCUCAAGACCCUCACCCACCUCCACUUAUCCGGGCACAACAUCGAGUACAUUGGCGACCUCUCCGUGUGCCGCAACCUGAGCGUCCUCUACCUGUACAACAACCGCAUCACGCGCAUCCAGAACCUGGACUACGCCUGCAACCUGACCCACCUCUACCUGCAGAACAACAACAUCACGCGCAUCGACAACCUGGCCAAUCUGCACAAUCUCUCCAAACUCUACCUGGGCGGCAACAGCAUCUCCCUCGUGGAGGGUUUGGAGUGCCUGGACAAGCUGGAGGAGCUGCACGUGGAGAGUCAGAGGCUGCCCCCCGGGGAGAAGCUGCUUUUCGACCCCAGGACCCUCUCCUCCCUGGCCGAAUCUCUAUUCGUCUUCAACAUCAGUAACAACAACAUCGACGAAAUCCAUGACCUGGCGGUGCUGAAGGAAAUCAAACAUUUUUCCGCCAUUGACAACAAGCUGCACAACGUGGAGGAGCUAGAGGACGUGUUGGGGUCCUGGCCUUGGCUCUUUCAGAUGGAUCUACGUGGAAAUCCUGCAUGUAAAACUUCCAAAUAUCGAGACCGAAUGAUCAUGGCGUGCAAAAAACUAAAGGUACUGGAUGGCCGCGACAUUCAGGAGGUGACCAGGCAGUUCCUGGUCAACUGGAAGGCAUCCAAACUGGCGAAGAAGAAGAAGGAGACCGCAGCGCUGAACUCUCCUCCGUUAAUGAAUAACGUCGGUACGGGUCAGGGUCCGCGUCUGGCUCGCGUCUGCUGCCACAUUCACGCGCAAGGAUGGAAGCCCCAGCAGCAGCCUCCCAGGGUGCAGCAGUUAAAAAGCUCUCAGUACAGACAGCUCAACCACCUGGCCGUCGGACGUACAUGAAAAAAUUUGAGAAAACUACGAGAUGUUUUUUUUUUUUGCGUCUCUUUCAAUAUAAAAUGUGGGAGUGCAUGAAUCGGUUGGGGAUUUCGCAAAAAUGUGA